AUGGUCACCCACAGCAAGUUUCCCGCCGCCGGGAUGAGCCGCCCCCUGGACACCAGCCUGCGCCUCAAGACCUUCAGCUCCAAGAGCGAGUACCAGCUGGUGGUGAACGCAGUGCGCAAGCUGCAGGAGAGCGGCUUCUACUGGAGCGCCGUGACGGGCGGCGAGGCGAACCUACUGCUCAGCGCCGAGCCCGCCGGCACCUUCCUCAUACGCGACAGCUCGGAUCAGCGCCACUUCUUCACGCUCAGCGUCAAGACGCAGUCGGGGACCAAGAACCUGCGCAUCCAGUGCGAGGGGGGCAGCUUCUCGCUGCAGAGCGAUCCUCGGAGCACGCAGCCAGUGCCCCGCUUUGACUGCGUGCUCAAGCUGGUGCAUCACUACAUGCCGCCCUCCGGCGCCCCCUCCUUCUCCUCGCCCCCAGCUGAACCCUCCUCCUCGCCCCCAACUGAACCCUCCUCCUCGCCCUCCUCCGAGGUGCCCGAGCAGCCGUCGGCCCAGCCGCUCCCGGGGAGCCCCCCCAGGAGAGCCUAUUACAUCUACUCGGGGGGCGAGAAGAUCCCUCUGGUGUUGAGCCGGCCCCUCUCCUCCAACGUGGCCACUCUCCAACAUCUCUGUCGGAAGACCGUUAACGGCCACCUGGACUCCUAUGAGAAAGUCACCCAGCUGCCUGGGCCCAUUCGGGAGUUCCUGGACCAGUACGAUGCCCCCCUUUAGAGAGCAAAGGGCAGGGGUAGGGGCUAGGGGCCCGGGUCCCCUCUCCUCCAUGGCACAUGGCAUAAGCACAAGAAUCCAGCCGUGAGAGUCCUGCAGCUCUGGGUGAGCUAGGGGGCGGACAGGCCCCUCCCUCCGGUCCUCCCCCUGCAGAACUGGGCGGGCGGUACCUGGAAUGUGUUUGAGGAGAGGGGGAGAGCCACCUGAGCGCCCCUCCCCCACGCCAGUUUCUCCGGAGGAGCCGGCGGGCCCAGGGGGACCACAGCAACGACCUCAGUGGAUUCUCUCUCCCGUCCCGCUUUUUCGACCCCCCUGCGCUUCCAAACGGGGGACACUGCGGGCGUGUUGAACUGGUGAGAACUGCCGGGGAAUCUUCGAACUUUCCAACGGAACUUGUUUGCUCUUUGAUUUGGUUUUAAACAGAGCUUUAAAUCUGAGCAGGUCGCGGGCCUGGAAAAGGGUGGAUGAGAGAGAGGGCGCCUCAGGGGCCCAGGGCUACCGGCUGGCCAAGGAAAUGGUCACCCCCAUCGCCCAGCCCAGGUGAGGAGGGUGGCUGCCUGCUCCACCUCUGACACAGGGGAGAAGGGCAAGGGGUGGCCUGAAGGGGACCUUUCCGCUCCCCCUCUUCCUCCCCGUUCGGACAGCCACCAGAAACACAGGUCCUAGAGUGCAUCUAAUGCCGGAGAGCCCAGGGCCCUUCCCCUGUUUUAAGGGGGGAGUGGCAUUUGGAAGAGGAUGGACGGCUGGUCAAUUCUUCUUUCCCCACCCAUGCUAUACCUUUCGGCACCUGGGGGAUGGGGCUGGAGGAGAUGGAGGAGAUGAGCCACCUUUGAGCCCAGAUCCUGGACAGAGAAGAUGGGGGAUUCUACUUUGUGCCUCCUGACUAUAUCUGGCUAGGAGAUUUGCCUUAAAUGCUCCCUGUCCCAUGGAUAGGGACUGGCACACAAGAAGCCACACACUCAGCCAAUCCAGGCAGAGGCCAAGAGAUUUUCAGAGGGGCGUACACCGGCCACACACCAUUCGGCGGGGGAGGUCAGAGAUGCAUGGGUGGGGGGCAGAGAUCCAUGCCUUCCACCUGAGCGCAGGAAGAAUGCCAGCCCAGUGGGUACUAGCUGGCCAGUGGUGCCUGGGCUCUGGCCAGAGCAGAGCCACCAGGCUCCACAGCCCCCCAGACCCUGCACAGCCCUCCCUCCUCACCCUGGGGGACUGGCACAGGCAGGAAGUCAUCGAGAGGCCCUGCCACCCAGCUGCUCCCGCUCUGCAAUAGCACUGAUCAGUGAAAACUUACAGUAAUGUAGCGGGGAUGGAAUUACCUGGAACUGUUCUUUUUUGGGGAAAACUAAACACAAAGUUUUCUGUGUCAGGUAUUGGGCUGGGUGGGGCAGCUGUGUGUUGGGGUGUUUUUUUGGUUUUUUUUUCCUGUUAUUUUGUUUGGGUUUCGUUUUUGUUUUUUAAUAAUGUUUACAAUCUGCCUCAAUCACUCUGUCUUUUAUAAAGAUUCCACCUCCAGUCCUCCCCUCCCCCACCCAGGCCUUCGAGGCUGACAGGAGAUGCUUGAAGAACUUACCAAAAUACCAACAACCCAAGUCAGACUUUGCACAUAUUUAUAUUUAUAUUCAAAACAGAAACAUUUCAGUAAUUUAUAAUAAAGAGCACUAUUUUUUAAUGAAGAA